UCUUUCAUCUGAUUUCGAUUUUUCCAUGUUACUGUUAAUCAAACAAAGUGAAGAAAAAAAGGAUUUUCUGUUUACUUUGUGUUCUCUUUUUUUCUGUGACAAUUUACGACAGAAUUAAUUGUUUACCUGUAUUCUAAUUGUUUAGCAUGUUAAUUGGAUGAGAAAGACAAUUAAUCAAGAAGAAUAUUCUUCUAAUAUUGAAAACAUUAUUUUCUUUUCUUUUAUUUUUCUAUAUUUUGGUGGAUUAAACUUGCGAUUAAAUUGGAUUUGAAUUCUAAAUUUGGGUUAAAUUUGUUUCUCGAUUUACAUCAUUAGACGAUCUUCACGUGUAUUUGGUUAAUCUGAAUCAACAAUCAAUCGUGAUUCUCUGAUUCUGAUGAACAAGCCAAUUAUUGUUCUAUUGUGAUUAAAUCUGUUUAAUCUCUUAACUGUUGAAUAGAAAAAGACCAAAACCUUGACCAAGUCGAAGAAAUUAAGAUAAAAAGAAAGAGAUAAAGUGAAGAGACCAAGAGAAAAUUCUAGAUAAAAAGGAUAUUCUUUUGUUCAUCUAUUGAGUCAAUUAUUAUUCUUUUCGUGAUUUGUGUUCCAUUUUUCCCUGAUCUCUUCUUCUCUCAACAUGGAAUCAGUUGACCAUCAUCACCAUCAUCAUCACCGGAUGACCAACAACUCGACCACUGUUGCUCCGGAAGGUCAAUCAUCAUCUUCUCUAUCAAUGUUAUCCUCUUCCAAAAGUGCGACACUUAUCACUUGUUCCUCCUCAUUCACCUCGGAAUCAAGUUUAACCAUGAGCACGGAGAAUCUUCGAGCCUCCCCUGACCUUGGCUCAUCGGCGGCAACACUUUCCACCGGCGGUGAUUGUCCCAGUGGCUCUGUUGGUUAUUCGAAAGGUCUUUCAUCUUGCAAUCGAAACUCUCGAACUCCAUCAGCCGGUAGUUUAUUACUCUCAGUUCCAAAUGAAAGAUAUGGUUUACGUCGAUUCUCAAUGCAAUCUGGUCAACGAUUUUCUCUCUCACCUACUGACACCUUAUUCGAGGAGCAAUCAGAACUCAUUCUUAACUGUGGUGCUCUUUCAUCUGCUGUUCUUGGACGAAUCAAAAGCUUUUCCACUUCCGAUAUAACCAUGACCUCCAAUGAAUUUGAUAGCCUUCAUGAUCCAACCUUUUCUUCAUCAGCUUCUUCUCAUCUUCAUCCAUCAUCAUCAUCAUCAGGGAAUCGAAUGAAAAAUUCACUAUCAGAAAUUGUCCUUUUCGGUGCCCAUGGUUGGGAUCCAAGACUUGCCCUUCCCAAUAAUAUACGAUCUCUUGAUGCAACCUCAAGAUCUUGUUCGACUUGGGUCAUUGUCGGUGACCGAAGUAUCUCCUCCGUCUCUCAACUUCCCUCCCCGUCACAAGCUCAUUCGGUUUCAGGUACAUUGUCACCAACUCUUCAUCCAUUGGACAUUGUUUUCAGUAUGAACAAAAAGGUCCGACAAAUGUACAUCCGUCAACGACUUUUAUCAACCUAUCGAACCCUCGAACGUCUCUCUCGAAGUCACCUCGAUCUGGGCAACAUAAUCAAAGGUGAUCUGGUAAAUAAACUGACAAAUAUUCACGGAUUAACAACAAAAACAACAAUGGAUUCCAAUGGAGUGGAUGAAAGAGCAAUUGAAGGUGGUGAAAAUGGCGGAGGUGAUAACAUAAAGGGACCAUCGAUAGUUAAUAGUUUUAAUAAACUAAAUAACAAAUCAAUUGAUACAUCAUCGCCCUCAUCAUCAUCUGUGAUUACCCAUAAUGAAUCAACCGAGACGAAGGAACCAUUUUCAAACCAAUCAUUUAAUUUAUCUAAUCCAGUUACCCGAUCAACAACUACAACAUUUGAAGCUCAAUCCAAUCAAUUUAACAAUGAUCCUAAUUGUUUAUCAAAUCUUGAUGAUGACCCAAUCAAGAUGGUAGAUUGUAAUUCAAUUAACUUGGAUGAUACUGACAUAAACAAUAACAACAAUUGCACUAAUUAUAAAACUGAUUGUUCAUCAUCAAUCCUUAAAUUGCAAGAUCGCUUGGCUUCAACAUCAUUAGAUUUAAUUCAAUUACAAAAUGAUUUACUCUCACUAUCAGUUCGUGACAUUGAGCUUCAAAAGGGCAAACCCUUGACCAAAUAUGAAAGGAACAUGAUGAUCUUUGAUUGGCUUCAAAAUCUUGACCAAGAAGAACCCAAUUAACUAAUUAUCUGAACGGUUAAUCUUUUCCUAAUUGCUCUCAAUGAUUAACAAAAUCUUCCAUGAUUAACUUUGUCUCUUUAAUCUCACCAAUUCUUAUAAUUUUCCUUUAAUUGUUGACGAGAAAAACAAUUUAAAUAUUGUUCAUGUUUCUCAUUUCAUUUCAUCUUGUUACCACCGAGUAACAAUUAACUAAUUGUUUGCUUUCAUUUUCGUGUUCAAAUUAAUCCAAAUAAUUUAAAAAUAUCUAAUCAAUAUUUAAUUAUUUCUUGACAAUUUAACAAAACUCAUUUUAAAGAUUGAAAC